GCGCAGCGCUCCGCCGGGUCGCAGCAUGACCCUGUGGGACGGCGAGCUACCCUUCUACCCGCGGCCCCGGCGUGCCGCCGGCUUCAGCGUCCCGCUGCUCAUCGUCAUUCCGGUGUUCCUGGCCUUGGCCGCCAGCUUCCUGCUGAUCUUGCCCGGGAUCCGCGGCCGCUCACGCUGGUUCUGGCUGGUGAGAAUUCUUCUCAGUCUGUUCAUCGGCGCUGAAAUUGUGGCCGUGCACUUCAGCGCAGAAUGGUUCGUGGGUAGGGUCAGCACCUCGACGUCCUACAAGGCCUUCAGUGCUGCACGUGUCAGCGCCCGUGUCGGUCUGCACGUGGGCCUGGACGGCAUUAAUAUUACACUCACAGGAACCCCAGUGCAGCAGCUGAACGAGACCAUCAACUACAACGAGCAGUUCAGCUGGCGUCUGGGCAAGAACUACGCCCAGGAGUACGCGGAGGCACGAGUGAAGGGGCUGCCGGACCCGGUGCUCUACCUAGCGGAGAAGUUCACUCCGAGCAGCCCCUGCGGACUCUACCGGCAGUACCGCCUGGCGGGACACUACGCCUCGGCCCUGCUCUGGGUGGCGUUCUGCCUCUGGCUCGUCUCCAACGCGCUGCUCUCCAUGCCGGUCCCGCUCCACGGAGGCCUGGCGCUGCUGACCACCGGCGCCAGCGCGCUCUUCGCGGUCUUCACCUUCGCCUCCAUCUCCAGCGCGCCCUUCUGCCCGCUGCGCCUCGGCUCCGCCACGCUCACCGCUCAUUACGGCGCAGCCUUUUGGGUCACGCUAGCCAUCGGCAUCCUGUGUCUCCUCCUCGGAGGGGCGGUAGUCGGUUUCCACUACGCGCGGCCCAGCGCUCUUCUCAUCUUCCUGGACCGAAGCGACAAGGACCCUGCAGGCCAGGCGAGAGGGGGCUCGCCUCUCAUCCUCAGCAGCCCUGUGCACAAGCAGUCCGAGGAUCCGGAUUCACAGAUUAUCACUCACCUGUGA